CCGCGCCCUUCGUCGUCCAUAAAAGCCUCCCCCCGGCUCCUGCUCUUGCGGCUGCCAGGCGCAUUCGAGCUGAGGAAGCUUCUCCUGCACUCCCGUUUCGCGUGCAUUCUCCCUUCUCAUCAUGGGGGCUCUUCGUUGGCUCUCAAUUGCCGCCGCGUCGUCGGUCGCGCUGGCCCUGACCCCGGAGCAAUUGCUCACUGCUCCCCGGCGAUCUGAGGCGAUUCCCAACCCGUCUGGGAAACUUGCCGUGUUCUCGACGUCGCAGUACUCGUUCGACUCGCACAAGGGCAGCUCCUGGUGGAGCUUGUUGGACCUGAAGUCGGGCAACAUCAAGCCUCUCACCAAUGACAGCAAUGUCUCGGAGAUUCUCUGGCUGGGAACUGACGACUCGACCGUGCUCUACGUCAAUGGAACCAAUGCAGAGGUUCCCGGAGGCGUUGAGCUUUGGGUGUCUCAGAUUUCGGACUUUGCCAAAGGUUACAAAGCCGCUUCCCUGCCUGGUCCCCUGUCCGGCUUCAAGGCUGUGACCACCCGCUCGGGUGACGUCAAAUUCGUUGCGUAUGCCGAGUCGUACGCCAAUGGCACCAUCUACAACGAGGAACUCGCGGAGACUCCUCUGAGCACUGCUCGUAUCUAUGAUAGCAUCUACGUGCGCCACUGGGACUUCUAUCUCACCACCAGAUUCAACUCCGUCUUCUCUGGUACUUUGAAGAAGUCGGGCGGUCGCAAGUCGCAGUACAGCUUCAAGGGAGGACUGAAGAACCUCGUCUCUCCCGUGAAGAACGCCGAAAGCCCUUACCCGCCUUUCGGAGGCUCCUCGGACUAUGACAUUUCCCCCGACGGCAAGUGGGUUGCCUACAAGAGCAAGGCCCCCGAUGUUCCUCGUGCCAACUACACCACGUCGUACAUCUACCUGGCUCCCCACGAUGGCUCCUCCAAGGCAGUUGCCAUCAACGGACCUGAAAGCCCCGGAACUCCGAAGGGCGUUGCGGGAGACUCCAGCAGCCCUGCUUUCUCUCCCGGAAGCGACAAGAUCGCUUACUUCCAGAUGACCGACGCGACUUACGAGUCUGACCGUCGCACUCUGUACGUCUACAGCAUCGGCUCCAAGAAGACCAUCCCGGCCGUGGCGAAGGACUGGGACCGUUCUCCCGACACCGCCAAGUGGCUCGACAAGAAGAACCUGAUCAUUGGCAGCGAGGACCAGGGCCGUCAGCGUCUGUUCUCGAUCCCUGUGAAUGCGGGUGACGAGUUCAAGCCUAAGAACUUCACGAACAAUGGUGCUGCCAGUUCGUACUAUGUCCUCCCCGACUCCACCAUCCUGGUCACCGGCAGUGCCAUCUGGACCAACUGGAACGUGUAUCUCGCCAGCCCUAAGAAGGGUGUCAUCAAGACUCUGGUCUCUGCCAACGAGAUCGAUGCCGAACUCAAGGGACUUGGCCCCGCUGACGUUGAUGAGUUCUACUACAAGGGUAACUGGACUGAUAUCCAAGCCUUCGUUAUCUACCCCCAGAACUUCGACAAGAGCAAGAAGUACCCUCUCGUCUACUACAUCCACGGUGGUCCUCAGGGCUCGUGGGCCGAUUCGUGGAGCACCCGGUGGAACCCCAAGGUGUUCGCCGACCAGGGCUACGUCGUUGUCGCGCCUAACCCCACCGGUAGCACUGGCUGGGGCGAUGAGCUGACCGAUGCCAUCCAGAACAACUGGGGAGGAGCUCCUUACGACGACCUCGUCAAGGGCUGGGAAUACGUCCGCGACAACCUUGACUUCGUCGACACCGACAACGGUGUUGCCGCUGGAGCCAGUUACGGAGGUUUCAUGAUCAACUGGAUCCAGGGAAGCGACCUUGGCCGCGAAUUCAAGGCCCUAGUCAGCCACGACGGUACCUUCGUGGCCGAUGCUAAGAUUUCCACCGAUGAGCUGUGGUUCAUCGAGCGCGACUUCAACGGUACCUUCUGGGAUGCUCGUGACAACUACCGCCGCUGGGAUCCCUCCGCCCCCGAGCGCAUCCUCAAGUUCAGCACCCCCCAGCUCGUCAUCCACAGCGACAAGGACUACCGUCUUGCCGUCUCCGAGGGCCUGGCUCUCUUCAACGUUCUUCAGGAGCGCGGCGUUCCCAGCCGUUUCCUCAACUUCCCCGACGAGAACCACUGGGUCGUCAACCAGGAAAACAGCCUGGUCUGGCACCAGCAGGUCCUCGGCUGGCUCAACCGCUACUCCGGCGUCGAGAAGAAGAACUCCGACGCCGUCAGCCUGGACGACACCGUCGUCCCGGUCGUCGAUUUCAACCCUUGAUUGACUUGACUUGGUAAUCUUUAUCUAAUUCGUAAUCAUUCUGAAGGGGAGAGAAAAGGAGGAAGGAAAGUUCGAGACUGCCUAUCCUUAUCAACGAUAGGAAUCUGUACAGGUAGACUUGUUUUUGGUUCUUCCUUGUCAUGAUACAUGAUUCUCAUGCAUAGCUUAACAUAAUGAAUGGUAUAUUUUAUCG